AUGGAUACCAUCAAGAACACUGCCAACUACGUCGGUGACAAGGUCAACGAAGCCACCUCUGGUGCUUCCAAGGAGGCCAACAAGAACGUCGCCAAAGACUCUGAUGCAUCCCUCGGAACCCGUGCUUCUGCAGCAAAGGACGCCGUUGGUGACAAGAUUGACGAGAGCAAGAACUCUGUAUGUCCCUCAUCGUUGUCCUUCUUUGUCAUCAUCUAA